AUUUUGCCAAUAACUUUCUCUUUCUGAACGUACCGAAGCUGCACCCUUCUCUUUAAGUUGAUAACCGUUGCGUAAUAACAAUAACUUUCAACAUCCUAGUUUCUGGGGGUUUCCGUUUUAGCCACGUUAUAAGGGUAGGGAAGAGUGGAAGCGAAUUAAUGGUUAUCUUGUAGGCGGCGCGUUAACAAACCGUGGGGGCACCGCAUGUAGUAGAUAAAUUGGUCAAUGACAGGUACGAAAACACUAGACAGCACACGUAAUUGCUGUUAACGAUGCCCCUCUGCAACGAACGCGACGCGUUGCGUUUAGAGAUGUCCGAGAUUCAGAUGGAGCCCGACAGAUCCGUACUAAUAUUGAUUAAUCACUGCAAAGAGAUGAAGCGGCAAGAGCGUCUCUCCCGGAUUGUCACUUGCUUUUUAUUUCUAGUUUUAAGUGCAGUUUUUUUCUUGUGCACUCAAACGCACAGCUCUCUGGACUGUAAGCACAGCACGAGCGAUUUGGAACACAGUACAAAUGCUCAUUACCAGCGACAAAUUGAAUCCCGUCCAAAUGCACACCUGACAGCUGCACAAAACUGUCCCAAUGGCGACUUCAAGUACCUUGAAUGGGAAUCAAAAGUCGGAGACGCUCACCUCCACAUGUUUAAUUACAGCAACAAUGCCCUCAUACCUCAUCGGGAUGGCAAUUACUUCAUCUACCUGCAGAUCACGUACAGAAUGAUCGCGGACUUCCCCUGCAGCUCUGAGACGCCGGUCCAACUUAAACAGCAGGUGUUUCACCGGUCAGACCGCUACCCCGAGGAAACAUUGCUCAUGAUGGCGUUGGACACUAUAAACUGCAGCGAGAGCAAUUGGAGGAAGUCGCUCUCUGUGUCCCGCAUGUUCCCAUUAGAGAAGGGAGAUCUGCUGAUGGUGAAAGCAGAAAACCUCGCGCUGAUUGACUGCGGCGAGAAGAAAAUGUUUUUUGGGGCUUAUCUAAUUUAGGGAGGGUAAUUUCUUUAUCGUUAAUUAUAAUAUACAAUAGAAAUAUAUAGAAAUAAUAUAUUCCUUCUGAGGACAUUUUAUACUUGUUUCUGUAUGACAUAGGCUCCCUGUGGCUGAUGAAUUGGCUGUGCAACUGAUUGUGUUCUAUAGACUUGAUUUAAUGCUAACGUUGUGUAUAUGAGACGCAUUUCCAAAACAAGAGAAUUUUUCUAGUUUUCGGUGCUAAGGAAAGCCAAAAAUCACUGCAUUAUAAUUCAUAUAUGUGAUUGUUACACCAGUCACCUUUGGAUGCUUUUCCCCAUCCAUGUGUGAGCUGCAUGCUACGGUCAGGGCAUAGCAGAAGAGGAGCUCACCAGGCUUAAUUCAGGACAGCUGUGGGUGGUCUCUCCUUCUGGCUGUAGUUUUCCCCAUUUUUCUCACUCCCUGGAUGAAUUGUAUUGUUUUGUUUAUAGCUCAGAUUGCAUUUACAACAUUAUGGACUUUUCACUCACCCAAUACUGUACAUUGCCACUGACAGACUGACUGUCACAUUCCACUAUUAGUUGCUGUUUGGGUUUGUCAAUGUAUUACCUUUGUGUUUUGUAAUAAAUUUAGUUUUACC